UAUACACAUAUCCUUUUUUGGUAAACAAAUAUUUGCAUAUAUAUAUAUAUAUAUAUACCUUAUAUGAAUAAAGGCCACAGACUAUAGAUCAGUACUGAGCUAAAGAAAGGUCCUCCAUUAAUGGCGGAUUCAAGCUCUUCCCUCCCUCUCUACGAGAAAGUUUCUCACAAAAGUUUGAUUCUCAGAGCGGUCGAUGUAACGAUUCUCGGUCUUCUAUUCGCCCUCCUGGCUUAUCGGAUUCUAUACAUGAAUCAAAAAGAUUCCGUUUGGACCGCCGCGUUCCUAUGCGAAUCUUUCUUCUGUUUCAUAUGGUCUCUCGUUACCAUCGUGAAAUGGAGCCCUGUGGACUAUAAGACGUACCCCGACCGACUCCAUGAAAGGGUUUGUGAGCUUCCGCCGGUGGAUAUGUUCGUGACGACGGCGGAUCCGGUGAUGGAGCCGCCGGUGAUAACAGUGAACACGGUGCUUUCGUUGCUGGCGGUGAAUUAUCCGGCGGAAAAACUCGCCUGUUACGUUUCCGACGACGGCGGCUCCCCCGCCACAUUCUUCUCCCUCAAAUUGGCUUCGAGAUUCGCCAAGAUUUGGGUUCCGUUUUGUAAGAAGUACAACGUCCAAGUCAGAGCUCCUUUUCGAUAUUUCUUGAACCCGCCAGUUGCUCCGGAAGGUUCUGACUCGGUUCGAUUCAUGGAAGACUGGGAUACCAUGAAGGUCGAGUACGAGAAGCUAAGCAGGAAACUGGAAAUGGUGGCCGAGAAUCCACAUGGGUUGGAUGAUGCAGAUGAGGAUCUUGCCGCUUUCUCCAACGUAUACCCUCGGGACCAUCCGACUAUAGUCAAGGUGAUAUGGGAGAAUAACAGUGAAAGUGAAGUUCCGCAUCUGGUCUACAUCUCAAGAGAGAAACGUCCAAAGCACUCCCAUCACUACAAAGCUGGAGCCAUGAAUGUCUUGGCAAGAGUGUCGGGGGUGAUGACGAAUGCGCCAUACAUGUUGAACGUGGACUGUGACAUGUACGUGAACAAUCCCGACGUUAUAAGGCAAGCGAUGUGUUUGUUCCUCGGCUCCGCCUCUCGAAACCAAUUCGCCUUUGUUCAGUCUCCUCAAUUGUUCUACGACAGUUUCGGAGACGACCUCGUCCUUUUCCUCACUUAUAUAGGCCGCGGAAUGGCCGGAAUCGGGACACCGUUGUACGCCGGAUCAGGAGGUAUUCUCCGGCGAAAUGUUAUUUAUGGUUUAUCUCCACAUGAUUUACAAGAUGAUGGGAGUCUUUCUUCAGGGAAAUUAUUAGAGGAGGGUAACCUAAAAAGAGAAUAUGGGAAUUGCGAGGAGAUGGUGACGUCAGCAGCUGACGCGUUGCAAGGAAAGUCAAAUCCCAAAAAUGGCCUUACGAGUUCGCUCGAAGCCGCGCAUCGAGUGGCAGAUUGUGACUACGAGCACUGCACCAACUGGGGCAAAACAUUUGGAUGGAUAUAUGACUCGACGGCGGAAGAUAUAAACACGAGCGUCAACAUACAUGCAAAAGGAUGGAAAAGUUACUACAACUCGCCGGAGCCGCCGGCGUUUCUGGGAUGUAUGCCGCCGGGAGGUCCGGCGGCGAUGGGCCAGCAGCGGCGGUGGGCCACCGGACUUCUGGAAGUUCUUUUCAACAAGGAAAGUCCGGUGAUCGGAAUGUUGUGGCGGGAAUUAGGGUUCCGAUCUGGUUGUAGCUACUUGUACAUUUGCACUUGGGGUCUCAAGUCGAUCCCUGAGUUAUGUUACUGUCUCUUGCCUGCCUAUUGCAUCCUCCACGACUCUGCCUUCUUGCCCAAGGGACCAUGCUUAAGCAUAGUGAUGGCUCUCGUGGUCAUGCACUGCCUUUACAGUCUAUGGGAAUUCAUCAAUCUAGGUUUAUCCAUUCAAAGGUGGUUUGCCUCUUUGCUAUUUGCUCGAGUUAAGACCACCUGUGCUUGGUUAUUCGGCAUUUCCGACAUCAUACUCAAAGUUCUUGGUAUAUCAAACACCGUGUUCAUACUUACAAAGAAGAAUGCACCCUCAACCUCUCGACAAGAUGUCGAUCAUGAUGAUGAUGUCUCUGGUUCGGAUUCUGAAAAGUUUAUCUUCGAUGAUUCGGUCUAUUUUUUGCCAGGGACAACUAUUUUAUUAGUGAAUCUAGUUGCCCUGAUCGGAUUCUCGUUCAGGGCAGGUCAGGGCGGAGGUGGCUAUGGUGUCGGGGAGAUUUUCGGGUGUGUGUCCGUAGUUAUAUCGUUUUGGCUCUUCUUCAAGGGUUUAUUUGGGAGAGGGAAAUAUGGGAUUCCUAUCUCUACCAUUUCUAAAGCUUCCCUUUUGGCUAUCGCCUUUGUUGUUUUCUCUGUUAGGAAGAGCUCUAUCUCCUUAAUGUAAUAUUCUAUCAUACCAACUACGCUAUGUAAGGCCCAUUCUCUAAGUUAAGAUGUAUUUUUUUUCCUAAUUAUCUCCGUUACGGUAUUCCUAAUUAUGUAAUUAAAUAUUUUGUUGGGUUUGGCUUGUAAAGAGAGGUUCUUUUACC